AUGGCAUCAGUCACCCAAGCAAACCAAGCACGCAACGCAGUCCUCCGCACGGCAGAACUUCUCGAGCAAAUCUUGCUCCAGCUUCCACCAAAGCAACUCUUCGCAGUGCAGAGAGUCUCAAGCUACUGGAAAGCAACCGUUGAGCAAUCACCACGAAUCCAAACCGCCUGUUUCCUACGUCCCAUCAACGACGACAAAGUCAAAUGCAAAUACGACGGUUUGGGAGACGAAUACCACAGCCUGCACACCGGCAAACGCAUCACGCCCGUGUGGAACUGCCUCACACCCUGCGCAAUCAACCUUCGCCCAUGGCUCAUGCUCCCCCACGAACUCGUAAAAUCCUACAUCGAAACCUCCCCAGACGCAAGCUGGAAGAACAUGUUCACCACACAACCCCCUUCCACAACCCUCGAAAUCGAUUACCGCUACGCAGCAAAUAAAUUCGAACCUCCUGGCGCGGAAGAUCACAGUUUCCUCCUCACCAACAACAAAGGUCUCACCUUCAUGGACAUCUUCGUGGCGCUAUACCAAGGUUUCGAAGAAAACAAGUCCGAAAUCGAAAGCGUGGAAGCGAAGAAACGGAAUCCUUUUCGAAACGAUAUCCCGCAUUGGGCGCAUUGUGUGAAAUUCGGGUGGGGGAUGGGCGGACUACUCCAACAAGAUUCUCGGUAUAUGGAAGAUAAGUACUGGGAAUUUGUGGCUGAGAGAACGGAUUGGUUGCUUCGACUCGAUCAGACGGAUCUGCGAAACAUGAAGAUCAAACUUCAUGGGGAUAUUCGGCGAACUUCUGCGGUGGAGAUUCUCAGACAGAUUUCUUCUGCUGAUGGGGAAGAGGAAGAAGAAGAUGGAGAGGAUGGGUUUUGUGAAGAUCGUCCGAAGCAGAAAAUGGAUCGGCGAUUGAUGAGGGCACGGAUGAAGAAGAUGCAAAUGAGGGAUUUUUUUGAGGAUGGGGAUGAUGAAUGA